CCUGGCACACACGGCGGCGCCGAGGCCUCUGGGCGCAAGUCGGAGCCGCCGUCGGCGCUGGUGGGGGCCGGCCACGUGGCGCCAGUGUCACCCUACAAGCCGGGCCACUCGGUUUUCCCGCUGCCGCCCUCCAGCAUCGGCUACCACGGCUCCAUCGUGGGCGCCUACGCCGGCUACCCCUCUCAGUUCGUGCCUGGCCUGGAUCCUAGCAAGUCUGGCCUCGUGGGAGGCCAGCUGUCGGGGGGCCUGGGCCUGCCACCAGGCAAGCCCCCCAGCUCGAGCCCGCUCACCGGAGCCUCCCCGCCCUCCUUCCUGCAGGGAUUAUGCCGCGACCCCUACUGCCUGGGAGGUUACCACAGCGCCUCACACCUCGGAGGCUCGGGCUGCUCCACUUGCAGUGCGCACGACCCAGCCGGGCCCAGCCUGAAGGCCGGGGGUUACCCGUUGGUGUACCCCGGACACCCGCUGCAGCCCGCUGCGCUCUCGUCCAGCGCCGCGCAGGCCACGCUCCCGGGCCACCCCCUCUACACCUACGGCUUCAUGCUGCAGAACGAGCCGCUGCCGCACAGCUGCAACUGGGUAGCGGCCGGCGGGCCGUGCGACAAGCGCUUUGCUACUUCAGAGGAGCUGCUCAGCCACCUCCGGACUCACACGGCCCUGCCGGGCGCAGAGAAACUCCUGGCUGCCUACCCCGGGGCCUCGGGCCUGGGCAGCGCCGCGGCCGCCGCCGCAGCCGCCGCCUCCUGCCAUCUGCACCUCCCCCCGCCCUCCGCCCCGGGCAGCCCGGGGUCGCUGUCCUUGCGGAGUCCACACACUUUGGGGCUAAGCCGGUACCACCCCUAUGGCAAGAGCCACUUAUCCACAGCUGGGGGCCUGGCGGUGCCGUCCCUCCCCACAGCCGGACCCUACUACUCGCCAUAUGCGCUGUAUGGACAGAGACUAGCCUCAGCCUCCGCGCUCGGAUACCAGUAACUACAGCUCUUUCCCCCACCCCCUC